CCGCCAGACCCCAAGGGCAGGGCCAUGCGCAGGGGAAGGCCCUGCCCGAGUCUGGGGAAUGGAGCUUCCGCUUCAGACAGACAGAGCGGGCGCCCAGUUCCUGGCCCCACUGCUGCCCGGCCCUGCAGCGUCAGCGGACACCAGGUUCUCAGAAGUGGCCGCGACGGUGUGGCGAUGAAGACCCCAAGGGUGGCAGUCCCGGUGCUGCUGCCGCUGCUGCUCCUGGAGCUGCUGGACUUCUCCUGGGCCCAGAGCAGCUGCACUGGGUUCCAGGCCAUCCCUGGCACCCCAGGCAUCCCCGGGCUGCCUGGCUCUGACGGCAAACCUGGGACCCCAGGGAUAAAGGGAGAGAGAGGGCUGCCAGGGCUAGCUGGAGACCAUGGCGAGUUUGGAGAGAAGGGGGACCCAGGGAUUCCUGGGAAUCCAGGAAAAGUUGGCCCCAAGGGCCCGAUUGGCCCCUCAGGUUUACCAGGGCUCCCUGGUCCCCCUGGCCCCCAGGGUGAAUCGGGCGACUACAAGGCCACAGAGAAAGUCGCCUUCUCGGCCACUCGGACCCUCCACAUGGCCCUCCGGCGAGAGCAGACCAUCCGCUUCGACCGCAUAAUCACCAACGUGAACAACAACUACGAGCCUCGCAGUGGCAAGUUCACCUGCAAGGUGCCCGGCCUCUACUACUUCACUUACCAUGCCAGCUCGAAAGGGAACCUGUGUGUGAACCUCAUGCGGGAGCAGGAUGCCAAGCAGAAGGUGGUCACCUUCUGUGACUACGUCUCCAACACCUUCCAAGUCACCACUGGCAGCGUGGUCCUCAAGCUGGGCCAGGGGGAGCAGGUCUACCUGCAGGCCACCGACAAGAACUCCCUGAUCGGGAUGGAGGGGGCCAACAGCAUCUUCUCCGGGUUCCUGCUCUUCCCAGAUGUAGAGGCUUAAUUCAGCCCGGUCCUUCCCUCCCCACCAGCAACAUUCAACCUCACUCCCAACAACACCACCCCACCGAAGCACACAGUAGCGCCCCAUGGAUGUUGCUGAAUAAAUCAACUCUUCAAG